AUGCCACCAGUGACAAAUUUUGCCGCAAAUCCACGCUAUGGCCAAGAGCAGAACAAUGAGAAUUCUACCAAGAAAUCCUCCAGCCAUAAGAUUAUUAUCAACCAGUCGAAAAAAGAAUCGUUUAACGUCCUUUCUGGACUUCGUGGAGUUCAAAAGCGGCUUAAAAAUGCAUGGACCGUUGAGACGUGGGUUUUUCAAGCAACUGAAUUGUUUUCUCAUGUAACAAACACAGACGAAAUUACAGAUGGAAUGUUUGAAGGAGUGCGAGCCUUUAUUCUACCACAUCCAAGAGCGAAGUUCAAUGUUUCUGAGAUGGAAUCAAUUGGACGUUUUCUCACAAAUGGUGGUUCCGUACUGGUAAUGCUCUCUGAAGGUGGAGAACAGGCAGCUGAUACAAAUAUCAAUUUUCUUCUUGAAGAAUUCGGAAUUGUUGUCAAUAAUGAUGCUGUCAUUCGCAGUAUUUUCUAUAAAUAUUUCGAUCCAAAAGAAGCCCUUAUCUCAAAUGGUGUCUUGAACAGAAGUGUAGCUAUAGCAGCUAAGAAAAGUGUAUCUACAGAUCAGCAAAGCAAUUCACAGUGGGUAUUCACUAGAGCUACAAAAAACGUUUGGAACGAGGCAGAUUACCGUUUCAGGACCAUCUCGUUCGUGUAUCCAUAUGGUGCCACAUUAUCCGUAAAUCGUUUGGCCACGCCAGUUUUAUCUACGGGUAGCGCUUGUUUCCCAAUAGGGAGGCCAGUGGUUGCUUUUCAUGAGACUGAGAUGUCAAUGAUACAUACCGGCUACCUACAGUACCCCUACAGUACCAUCUCCGUACUAACUUCCAGACAGCAAAAGGACGACUUGCAGUUUGUGGAUCUGUGCACAUGUUCUGUGAUCAAUAUAUCGACAAAGAAGAAAACAGCAAAUUGUUUCUUUCUCUUUCAGGAAUCCAUUAUGGACUAUCUCCUAGAGGGUUACGAAUUGAACAAAAUUGAUGCAACAGAACCGGAACUCUCCGAGUACUUGCAGAUACCGGACCAUGUGAAGUUGUCGGAAGAGCUUAAGGUUUGCAUGCAAGAAGCUGACUUCGAUCUCUCUAUAACAUCUGACUUCACAAAAUGCUUUGAACAGUCCAUUACCUCAUUUGAUUUGAAUGUUUGGCCGAAAGUUUUGAGGUAAGG